CUCUGGCCCUGGCAUUCCUUCGGCAUAUCAUCUCCCGCAGGAGACAUGCUUAUAGCCUUCACCAGGGCUCCCUGAUGAUACAAGGCAUACUCAGUAUUUGCCCGACUCAACUGCCACUUACAGUAUCUGCCGGCACUAUCCGUCUAGCCUUCCUAGGGAGUCCUGGGCCACGUCCGGCCCAUCAACACCGCAAGCCUCUUUUGGGAGGCUGACUUUCGACGUCCCACAAACCCAGCAGCACCGCAAAGACUGCAUGAUCUCAAAUUGAUUUCAUACCGGCACAACUAACACCAUCUUACUCAAACAUCGGCAUCAUGAUAUCCAAACGCCCCCUAAGAGUAGGCAACGUCUCCGGCGCAACAGGCGACAUGCCCACCGCCAUGUCGCGCAUGGUCGCCGAGCCUAACAUCGACAUCAUAACCGGCGACUGGCUCUCCGAAAUGAACAUCGCCUGGAACGCCAUCACCAAGUCUACAAACCCCGAAUUGGGCUACGAAAACGGCUUCUACACACAACUCGAAUCGUGCCUCGACGACAUCGUAGCCAAAAACAUCAAAGUCGUCACCAAUGCCGGCGCCCUCAACACAGCCAGUCUAACCCGCAAGGUUCGCGCCCUCGUCGCCUCCAAGGGCCAUAACAUUACCGUCGCAGCCGUCCUGGGCGACGACAUCUCCGACCUCCUAGCCAAUCCUGACCAACGCUCGGCCUUCAAAUUUCCGCACUUAGACCACACCGACCAAACACUCGAUGAAUGGUCGUUGACCCCAGUCUGCGGUGCCGCAUACAUUGGCUGCAGAGGCAUUGUCGAGGCCCUCAACGCGGGUGCGUCAAUCGUAAUCUGCGGGCGCUGCACCGAUGCUUCCCCCGUCAUGGGCGCCGCGGCCUGGUAUUUCGGCUGGGACAUGGAUUCCAGCUAUGACGAGCUCGCCGGCGCCCUGACGGCAGGCCACUUGAUCGAGUGUGGAGCCUACGUCGUUGGCGCCAACUUCUCCGGCUUCAAACCUUUCCUCGACGACCCCUUAGUCGAUCUGGCCUUUCCCAUCGCCGAAAUCGACAGUCAAGGCCGAUGCAUCAUCACCAAAACGGCAGAGGGCGGCGGUCGAGUCACGCCCGAAACAGUCAAGGCUCAGACUUUGUAUGAGCUGCAAGGCCACUUGUACUUGAACCCAGACGUCGUCGCGGACCUGUCACAAAUCCGCGUCGAGCCAGAAUCCGAAGAUGAAGACAGCAAGAAUAGGGUGCGUGUCUCCGGAAUGACAGGCCUUCCUCCACCGGCCACAACGAAAGUCAUGUUCGCGGCGCCAGGCGGCCACCAAGCCGAAGCAACCUUCUUCAUCAACGGGCUCGACGUCGACGCCAAAGCGCGCAUGAUGCGUGACCAACUCAAGCACAUUUUCCGCAACCACAACUUUUCCACGUUGUCCAUCGAGCUGUACGGCACCGAGAUCUCAAAUCCAUCAUCCCAACAAGCAGGUACAGUCCAGUUACGCGUCUUCGCACAAGCCCGUGACAAGAAGGAUAUGGUCGCCGAAAAGUUCAAGACCCCAAUAUACGCGCUGCGCAUGCAAUCCUACCCAGGAUACCACAUGAACUUGGACUUCCGGACCAUGGACCCCAAGCCGUUCAUGGAGAUUUUCCCAGCAACAAUUCCACUGUCUGUGAUCCAGCACCGCGUCGAUGUUGGCGGGAGCAAGACGAUUUCGAUACCCACAGCGAAGAAGACGGCUGAGUAUCCUGCCGUGAGACCGUCGUAUGAGACCGCCGACCCAAUCACCUUGGACUCAUUAGGUCCCACGAUGAAAGCACCGCUAGGCAGUAUCGUGCAUGCACGAUCAGGUGAUAAAGCGGAUAACUCGAACAUAGGCUUCUUCGUGCGCCAUGAAGAUGAGUAUCCUUGGUUGAAAACACUAUUGACUGUCGAGAAACUCAAGGAGUUGUUCGGCGAGGACUGGUUCAAGUGCGAUCCGAAUCGGAGGGUGGAACGGGUCGAGUUUCCGAAUAUUCUUGCUGUGCAUUUUCGUGUGCUAGACAAUCUGAAUGGAGGUAUCGCUUCGUCGGACCGAAUCGAUGGUCUGGGUAAGGGCAUCGGUGAAUACUUGAGAAGUAGGCACGUUGAUGUUCCUACGAAAUUCUUGGAGCGUGUUUGGAUUUGAGGGUUCUACCUACGAAAACUGAGGAGGUGGUCCCAGAUCAUACCAGCAGGCCUCCCGCCGCAG